CGGAACCGGAAGCGGGCGGUCUUUCUUUUUCGAGCGGCCGCCAUCAUGGUUUACAAGCGCUACGUGGAGAUCGGCCGCGUCGCCUACAUCGCGUUCGGGCCCCACGCGGGCAAGUUGGUGGCCAUUGUGGAUGUGAUCGACCAGAACCGGGCAUUGGUAGAUGGUCCUUGCAGUGGAGUAAGAAGACAGGCUAUGCCAUUUAAAUGUAUGCAGCUUACUGACUUCAAGCUUCCUAUCCCACACAGUACUCGUCAGAAGGUUGUGAGAGCUGCUUGGGUGAAGGCGCAAGUCAGUGAGAAAUGGACAGAAUCUCACUGGGCAAAGAAAAUUGUUGCCAGAGAGAGGAGAGCUAAAAUGACAGACUUUGAUCGCUUCAAGGUCAUGAGGGCCAAGAAAAUACGAAAUAAAAUCAUCAGACAUGAGCUGAAAAAACUCCAGAAGGAGGAAUCCAAGAAAGCAGGAACCAAGAAGGGGGACGCCAAGCCAGAAGCCAAGCAAGUGGAAACUAAAAAGCCAAAAACUAAAAAAGGGGAAACUAAGAAGGCAUAAAUGCUGACCGUUCUUGCAAAAAAAUAAACUUUUAACUAUUGUUUGGA